AUGUUGGGCUGGGUCCAGAGGGUGCUGCCUCAGCCUCCGGGGACCUCUCAGAAGACCGAGGAGGCAGGUGGACCACAGCCAGAAACAGAGUUGAAACCUGAGGCAAAACCACAGCCUGAGCCAGAGCCUCAGCCUGAGCCAGAGCCUCAGCCGGAACCAGAGCCAGAAGCAGAGCCAGAACCUGAACCAGCACCUGAAGAGGCUGCACCAGAGAUCCAGGCCCUGCCACCGGAGGAGCCAAUGGAAGAAGAGGGCGAGGCUGAGGCUGGCCCUAGCCUUCAAGAGACCCAGGAAGCUGACCUUCUUCAGCCUACCUCCCAGGCCCAGGUUGCUGUUGCCAAGGUGAACAGGCCCAGCUCCUGGAUGUUGAGCUGGUUCUGGAAAGGCAUGGAGAAGGUCGUGCCUCAGCCUGUCUGCAGCAAUGGGAGCCAGAACCUGGCUGCGGGAGAGGGAGGCGGCCCAGAUCAGGGUGGAACACAGAUCCUGGAGCCCUGUGGCACUGGGGACCCAGGGUCUGCAGAUGGCUCGGAUAAGGCUUCCAGGACUCAAGACACUGAGCCCAGCCUGUGGCUGCUGAGGUGGCUUGAGCAGAAUCUGGAGAAAGUGCUGCCUCAGCCCCCUACGCCUGCCCAGGCCUGGAAAGUUGAACCUGAGGCGGCUGUCUUGGAUCCAGAUCCUCCAGGAACCCCUAUGCAGAUGGAGCCCACAGAGAGCCCCUCCCAGCCUAAUCCUGGACCCCUGGAGCCGGAGGAAGAGCCAGCUGCAGAGCCCCAGCAGGACUUCCAAUCCUCUUCCCUGCCACCACCCGGGGACCCUGUCAGGCUGCUCGAGUGGCUCCUACACAGGCUGGAGAUGGCCCUGCCUCAGCCCGUGCUCCAUGGGAAGGCUGCAGAGCAGGAGCCUGGCUGUCCUGGGACGUGUGACGUACAGACCAUCAGCAUCCUCCCUGUGGAACAGAUGGAGCAUGAUCUUGUCCUCGAGGAGGUGGACCCCAGCUGGGAGGACGCCCAGCAGGAAGAUGGUGCCAGCCUGCAGGAGACAGAGGUGGCCCCAGCUUAUGAGGACGAGAGUGAGGCCAUGGUGGAGAUGCCCAGGGAGCUGCCGCAGAUUCAAGAGGAAAGGGAAGAUGAGAUGCAGGAAGAGGGUGAGGAAGAGGAGGAGGAAGAGAAAGAGGAGGAAAAGGAGGAGGAGGAAGAGGAGGAAGAAGAGGAGGAAGAAGAUGUCCUGCUGGAUAGCUGUUUGGUGGUUCAGGCUGAUGUGGACCAGUGCCAGCUAGAAAGGACACAGCCAGAGCUAGCAUCGAUCCAGGAGUUGCCAGAAGAGAAGGAGGAGGAGGAAAAGAAGAAAGAAGAGGAGGAGGAGGGGGAGGCCACAAACUCAACAGUACCAGCCACAAAAGAGCACCCGGAGCUCCAGGUAGAAGACACGGAUGCUGACAGUGGUCCCUUCAUCCCAGAGGAGACGCUCCCUCCACCUGAGAGACCACCACCGUCUCCAGCCAAGUCUGACACCCUCACAGUUCCAGGCGCCGCUGCAGCAGCCCACAGGAAGAAGCUGCCUUCUCAGGAUGAUGAAGCUGAAGAGCUCAAGGCCUUGUCACCAGCUGAGUCCCCAAUGGUCGCCUGGUCAGACCCCACCACCCCACAGGAGGCUGAUGGUCAGGACCGUGCGGCCUCCACUGCCAGCCAGAACAGUGCCAUCAUUAAUGACCGGCUCCAGGAGCUGGUAAAGAUGUUUAAGGAGCGGACGGAGAAGGUGAAGGAGAAACUCAUUGACCCCGACGUCACCUCCGAUGAGGAGAGCCCCAAGCCCUCCCCGGCCAAGAAGGCCCCAGACCCUGACGCAGCCCAGAAGCCGGUGGAGGCAGAGGCAGCAGAAGAGGAACACUACUGCGACAUGCUCUGCUGCAAGUUCAAGCGCAGGCCCUGGAAGAAGUACCAGUUCCCCCAGAGCAUCGACCCGCUGACCAACCUCAUGUACAUCUUGUGGCUGUUCUUCGUGGUGCUGGCCUGGAACUGGAACUGCUGGCUGAUUCCCGUGCGCUGGGCCUUCCCAUACCAGCGGCCAGACAACAUCCACUUCUGGCUGCUCAUGGACUAUUUGUGUGACUUCAUCUACCUCCUGGACAUCACUGUGUUCCAGAUGCGCCUGCAGUUUGUCAAAGGCGGAGACAUCAUUACAGACAAAAAGGAGAUGCGCAAUAACUACCUGAAGUCUCAACGGUUUAAGAUGGACCUGCUCUGCCUCUUGCCCCUGGACUUUCUCUACUUGAAACUUGGUGUGAACCCCCUUCUCCGACUGCCUCGCUGCCUGAAGUAUAUGGCCUUCUUUGAGUUUAAUAACCGCCUGGAAGCCAUCCUCAGCAAAGCCUACGUUUACAGGGUCAUCAGGACCACUGCCUACCUGCUGUAUAGCUUGCAUCUCAACUCCUGUCUUUACUACUGGGCGUCAGCAUUCCAGGGCAUCGGUUCCACUCACUGGGUUUACGACGGAGUGGGGAACAGUUACAUUCGAUGCUACUACUGGGCUGUGAAAACCCUCAUCACCAUCGGUGGACUGCCCGACCCCCAGACGCUCUUUGAAAUUGUCUUCCAGCUGCUGAAUUAUUUUACUGGUGUCUUCGCUUUCUCUGUGAUGAUUGGACAGAUGAGAGAUGUGGUGGGGGCCGCCACAGCGGGGCAGACCUACUACCGUAGCUGCAUGGAUAGCACGGUCAAGUACAUGAACUUCUACAAGAUCCCCAGGUCUGUGCAAAACCGUGUCAAGACCUGGUAUGAGUAUACCUGGCAUUCGCAAGGCAUGCUGGACGAGUCAGAGCUGAUGGUACAGCUUCCGGACAAGAUGCGAUUGGACCUGGCGAUUGAUGUGAACUACAACAUCGUCAGCAAAGUGGCACUCUUUCAGGGCUGUGACCGGCAGAUGAUCUUCGACAUGCUCAAGAGGCUUCGUUCAGUCGUCUACCUACCCAAUGACUAUGUGUGCAAGAAGGGGGAGAUUGGCCGAGAGAUGUACAUUAUCCAGGCGGGGCAGGUGCAGGUGCUGGGCGGCCCGGAUGGGAAGGCUGUGCUGGUGACACUCAAAGCCGGAUCGGUGUUUGGAGAGAUAAGCUUGCUGGCUGUCGGGGGCGGCAACCGGCGCACGGCCAACGUGGUGGCACACGGCUUCACCAACCUCUUCAUUCUGGACAAGAAGGAUUUGAAUGAAAUUUUGGUGCAUUACCCGGAAUCUCAGAAGUUACUUCGGAAGAAGGCUAGGCGCAUGCUAAGAAACAACAACAAACCCAAGGAGGAGAAGAGCGUGCUCAUCCUGCCCCCGCGUGCGGGCACCCCGAAGCUCUUCAACGCUGCCCUGGCUGCUGCCGGAAAGAUGGGCCCCAGGGGAGCCAAGGGCGGCAAGCUCGCCCACCUGAGAGCCAGGCUCAAGGAACUGGCUGCACUGGAGGCAGCCGCACGACAGCAGCAGCUGCUGGAACAGGCCAAGCGCGCCCAGGAAGCCGGGGGAGAGGAGGGCUCUGGAGCCACCGACCAACCUGCUCCCCAGGAGCCACCAGAGCCCAAGGAGCACCCGGAGGCCCCAGCCCGGAGCUCUCCACCGCCAGCCUCAGCAAAGCCUGAGGGAACCACGGAGCAGGCAGCAGGACCCCCGGAGCCCUCGGUGAGGAUCCGUGUGAGUCCAGGCCCUGAUCCCGGGGAGCAGACACUGUCGGUGGAGAAGCUGGAGGAGGAGAAGAAGGCGGAGGAGGCCGAGUGAGGUGGGACCCUGACUUUGAACCAGCUGCCUCACCAUGCAUCCCAGCCUGAGGGUGCCUUCUCACAGGCUUGUUGUAGAA